CGGCAAUUGGACCCAGCAUGGAGAACAUAACGAAACCAUUGCCGACGAUAUGAACGACCACGAUCCACGCCGUUCCGCCCAUGAUCCAUCUUGACUUGUUCUCUACAAAGUCAUUGUAUCAUGGUUAUUGCCAUGGGCCCUGACACCGAGCAUAGCGAAGCGUGCCUCCUUGGGGUUCCAUGCCAGCGGCCCUCCUCCUGCAAGCCACCUAGCCGCACCUCCGUUUUCUUGCUGCUUCCAACAACCUACCUAGAGGCAGCUUCCACGACCCCUUAUGCGGCACGACCCUUCACAGCCUUAGGGACCUCUCCAGACAACCCAGCUGGCCCAGAUGCUGAUUGAACCGAUUUUGGUGGUGGUGGUGGCUUACGAAGCCCUGAACCCGUUACGUCCUUACUGCUGACGACCCAAGGCAAGUGACAUGUGGGGUGUGGGAUAGCUAUGCUUACUCGCUGGGGAAUGGUCGGUGCAUCUUGGUCAGAUUCGCCGGGCCCCUCCAGGCAGCCUUAUUCGCCCUCCAAGAGAGAAAAUAUCCGCCAUUUGCCGUGGUGUGGGACGAUGCUAAGGGUUCGUGAAGCGACAGAAACCUCUGAUGGGUCGGCAUCAUCUUAUACCUCUCGCCGUCUCCUUCAAGGCCCCCAAGGCUGAGAGAUAGGCCUUGAUGACGAGAACACAUCAGUCUCGCGACAUUGCCCGCCAGAAACCAGCCAGUAUUUCGGUUGCAUCCCAGGAUCGGAACCUUGCAUGAGAUGCUGAAAAAGCAAUCCCCACGCCAAGGAGGAUACAAGGGUGUAUUGGGAUUCCCUCUGGUUCGUCCGCGCCGCUCAAGGCGUCUACACCCGAUGUCACAAUGCCGUUGAGCCAAAUAUCAUCAAAAAGGUGUUAAAACCCCUCAUGUCAGGACAUUCGCUGCCGAAACACACAAGCAACUUGGACGCCAGCACGUCAAACUCCCACAAUGCCACCAACAUCAAUAUCCCUCCCCUCGCACGUCGCGCGGCCGUCUUCCACCAAGACAUCCUCGGUCACCGUUACAAGCAUUCCCUCGCCCGACACGGAACCCAACCUCUGCUCCUUUUGCUCCCAGAUUGACUUCUCGUUGCUCCGUUACCCCACAACUACCGAUCUCCUCUCUCUGAACAACGGCAGCCCAGCAUCCCAAGACCUCAGCCCCUUCAAGCGCAACCCAUAUGCCAGAGUCGAGCCAACAUGGUCUUUGGGCCUUCUUUCCCGCAUCCACAAAUCUUCUGCCUCUUGCGAUCUCUGCCACGCCUUAUGUACCGUCCUAGACCAGCAGCCGCAGAUCCGCGCCACCCUCACCGAAAUGGGCGUCCAGGAUCCAUUGGUCUUGGGUACAUUAGCCCUUUGUGGGAGAUUGUCGGCGCCAGACGGGACCUCGUGGUUCGAGCAUGAUGACAAGCAUGGCGGACUGAAAGAAAGGGAUUGCUUCUUCCUCCGACGGUUGGGACUGCUAUUUCGGCCGGCCGACAAAGACGAAGAUGUGAAUGAGCCGGGUAUGCCCCAAAAGAUUGAAAGCUGGUAUUCCACAAUGGAUAUCUUUCAGACUAUGAACACUGCUUUUUCAAGGGGUUCUGCUGAAGACAAAAAAGGGGUGCUGAUGGGAGAUGAGGAAAACCCGGAGACGGUGUGGUUCGCAGGACGAAAGAGACCGGAGAUGAUUGACAUUGGCUUGAUCAAACAAUGGCUCAAUGAGUGCUUGGAGAACCACAAGGACGUCUGUGGGAUCAGUGAGGAGGUAGAUGAGGAUGAUGAUCCGGAGUUGGUAGAACAGAUGAGGCGUUUGGGCAAACCAAUUCCUCUCUUCCGUCUCAUUGACGUGCACAAAAGGUGUAUCGUCACCAAGUACAACCUCUACGACGUCGACAUGUCCGCCCUCAAGUUUGCUUCGCUCAGUUAUGUCUGGGGUGUGACUCCUCAGAAACUCACCCUUCUCAUCGAGAACGAGUAUGAGCUCCAACGGCCCAACUCUCUCGUUGGCAAAGUGUCCAAGACCAUCUCCGACGCCAUCCACUUGACUGAACAACUUGGCCUCCAAUACCUUUGGGUGGAUGCCCUCUGCAUCAUCCAGAACUCCGACGAUGACAAGGUUAUGCAACUUGGCAACAUCGCCAACGUUUACGCCCACUCCCUCUUCACUAUCAUGGCCGCUGCGGGUGACGACUCCAACUUUGGUCUUCCUGGCAUCCGCACCCCCCGGGAUACAGUCCAAGAGGUAGUCCCGGUCAUCGGCCCAUCACAAAACAACCCCGGAAUGUCCCUCAUCACUGCCCUCUCUCCCACCCACCAGUCCCAUGAACACCCAACCCGCAAGACCAUCUGGGCCUCGCGCGGGUGGACACUCCAGGAACGAGCCCUCUCCCGACGGGCCAUUGUCAUUAUGAAGAGCCACGUCCUCUGGUCCUGUUCCCGGUCUCACUACUCGGAGGAGUCCUGUUGCGAGACCGCUACACUCGGCUCCUUGGCAUGGUUCGGCCUGCAAGAGUCUGACCCCAUUCUCAAUUCGUCCGAGCGAACGUGGUACACCGAAGACGUACCCGAAGAACAAGUCUGGUACAAGUUCCAACGCUUGGUGCAAGACUACUCAAACCGCAAUCUAAAGUUCCAAGGCGAUGCUCUCGAUGCGUUCAGUGCAGUGGUGGAGCAAGUCCGCAGAAUGACUGGUGAGAACUUUCUCUGGGGCAUGCCAAGCGGGCGCUUCGAGCUUUGUCUGUGCUGGGAGCCCUACCGACGAGGUCUCAAGAGGAGAGAGGAACUGAGCACGCUGGAGAUGACCAGCUUUAAGCGACAUGUUCCCUUCCCAACUUGGUCGUGGCUGGGAUGGUCCGGAGCUAUCUGUCUCAAAGUGCAGGACCGCGAGCUCGAGGUGGGACUCAACCCAAAGGUGGUUUGUUUUGUUCUGCGCAACCACCCACUGCGCGUGUUUCCGGUGCGCAGAAUCUCCGUUGAUAACGACCCAGAACGAGCCAACUCGUGGGCUAUACCCAACAUCAACGACAGCAAGUACACGGUCACCCUCGACGACAUCUAUGACAAUCUGCCCUCCAUGACCCCCGAAGUCCUGCUUGACAUACCAGACGACCAGCUCAUUUUCUUCUGGACCGAAUCAGCGCGCUUCAAACUCUCGGAGCUCAAAGUGCAGGGACCGUCAGUCUUGCAAGAAAACCCGUUGCAAGUGAAGGAGUACACCAAGUAUUAUCGAGAGAUCAUCGACGAUGACGCACAAGUGGUAGGGAGGACGCACCCUUGCGACCCAACGGCUCAGGACAUUGGAGAGGAUGACAAGGGUGACGGUAAAUGCGAGUUCAUCCGCAUUGCCAACAAUUACCUGCCGUUCUGUGAGCCUGAGAAGUUGGCGAUGCAGGUACGAAGGGGUACAGGCAAGUAUAACAGGGACGUUAGAUACCGCGUCAAUCUGGCAGAAAUCAAGAAGGAGGCGUGGAAGCAGGUUUAUGAGAAGAGGGUGUUGGUUGCACUGGGUUAAGAUGGGGGUCCGCAGGCAGUGUUCCUGGCUUUCUG